CGAUCCCUCCCACUUAGCCUGUGUAGCAUUAGUGGAGUUCAACAAUUGUGCUGUCAGCAGUGCUGGGAACAUUUACGCUGAAUUGUAUUUGAAAAACGACAACAAACAGCAAUAUGGCCAGCCGGACUAUGCAAGCGGCGCGAUGCCCAACAGACGAACUGUCACUUACCAACUGCGCAGUCGUGAGUGAGAAGGACCCACAGUUUGAACAUCACGUGACCGUGAGAACCACGCCGACCCACAAGUUUGUGUUCACAGUGAAGACCCACCAGAGUGUGGUCCCGGGGACCAUCGCCUUCAGUCUGCCACAGAGAAAAUGGGCAGGCCUCUCCAUUGGUCAGGAUGUGGAAGUGACCAACUACAACUUUGACAAGUCCAAGCAGUGUGUGGGCACCAUGAUGGUGGAGAUUGAUUUCCUGCAGAAGAAGAGUGUGGACAGCAGCCAAUACGACUCGGACAAGAUGGCUGCAGAGUUCAUCCAGCACUUCAACAGUCAGGCCUUCAGUACAGGCCAGCAGCUGGUGUUUAGUUUCUGUGACAAGCUGUUUGGCCUGCUGAUAAAAGACAUUGAAGCCAUGGACCCAAGCAUCCUCAAGGGAGAAGCAGGCUCUGGGAAGAAGCACAAGAUUGACAUUGGCUUGUUGCUGGGAAACAGCCAGGUGGUUUUUGAGAAGGCCGAGAGCUCUUCUCUUACCCUCAUUGGGAAGUCUAAGACCAGAGAGUCUCGCCAGUCUAUCAUCAACCCAGAUUGGAACUUUGAGCGCAUGGGCAUCGGUGGCCUGGACAAAGAGUUCUCCGACAUCUUCCGUAGGGCCUUCGCCUCCCGAGUCUUCCCUCCAGACAUUGUGGAGCAGAUGGGUUGUAAGCAUGUGAAGGGCAUCCUGUUGUUCGGGCCUCCUGGCUGCGGUAAGACUCUGAUGGCCAGGCAGAUUGGGAAGAUGCUGAACGCCCGCGAGCCCAAGGUGGUCAACGGCCCCGAGAUCCUCAACAAGUACGUGGGAGAGUCCGAGGCCAACAUCAGGAAGCUGUUUGCCGACGCAGAGGACGAGCAAAAGAGGCUGGGCGCCAACAGUGGGCUGCACAUCAUCAUCUUUGAUGAGAUUGACGCCAUCUGUAAGCAGCGUGGCAGCAUGGCGGGCAGCACGGGCGUCCACGACACAGUGGUCAACCAACUGCUGUCCAAGAUAGACGGAGUGGAGCAGCUCAACAAUAUCUUGGUCAUAGGAAUGACCAACAGGCCUGACCUGAUAGACGAGGCCUUGUUGAGACCAGGCAGGUUGGAGGUCAAAAUGGAGAUCGGUUUGCCUGAUGAGAAGGGGCGUGUCCAGAUCCUCAACAUCCACACGGCCAAGAUGCGUCAGUUCCACCUGCUGGGCAGCGACGUGGACGUCAGCGAGCUGGCCGCCGAGACCAAGAACUACAGUGGAGCUGAGCUGGAGGGACUGGUCAGAGCUGCCCAGUCCACCGCCAUGAACCGACACAUCAAGGCCAGUGCCACGGUGGAGGUGGACCUAGAGAAGGCUGAAAAUCUGCAGGUCCACAGAGAUGACUUCCUGGCCUCGCUGGACAACGACAUCAAACCUGCAUUUGGUACCAACUCCGAGGACUAUGCCAGCUACAUCAUGAACGGCAUCAUUAAGUGGGGCGACCCGGUGACAGCCGUGCUGGAUGACGGGGAGCUGCUAGUGCAGCAGACCAAGAACAGCGACCGCACACCACUGGUGUCUGUGCUACUGGAAGGUCCCCCCAACAGUGGAAAGACGGCUCUGGCAGCUAAGAUCUCAGAGGAAUCCCAGUUCCCCUUUAUAAAGAUCUGCUCUCCAGACAAGAUGAUUGGCCACUCUGAGAUCGCUAAGUGCCAGGCCAUCAAGAAGAUAUUUGAAGAUGCCUAUAAGUCCCAGCUGAGCUGUGUAGUGGUAGAUGACAUUGAGCGCUUGCUGGACUACGUCCCGAUUGGCCCUCGAUUCUCAAACCUGGUCCUUCAAGCUCUGCUGGUCCUCCUCAAGAAACCCCCUCCCAAGGGCCGUAAGCUGCUGAUCAUCGGCACCACCAGCAGGAAGGACGUGCUGCAGGAGAUGGAGAUGCUGGACGCCUUCAGUACCACCAUCCACAUCCCCAACAUCUCUAGAGGAGAGCAGCUGGUUGAGGCCCUGGAGAUGCUAGGUAGUUUCCAGGAGAAGGAGCGGGCAGACAUCGCCAAGGCGGUGAAGGGCCAGGGGGUGUGGAUCGGCAUCAAGAAGCUGACGAUGCUUAUCGAAAUGGCCGUGCAGAUGGAUCCUGAAUACAGAGUUAGUAAGUUCCUUACCCUGCUGAGAGAACAGGGAGCGUUGGGUUCUAUACCCAUCUAAGUCCACGGUGGAGCUGCAUUGCCCAGCAGUUAGCUGUCUCUCCCAUGGCUGAGGAGCGGAAGCCUGGGUGCUGUCCAUCCCCCAACACUCCCCGUGUCAUCUCUGUACCUCGUGUUUCCAUGGCAACGCCCAAUGACCCAGCCUCUUCCUCAUCAACACGACCUCUCUGUGUGUGUGUGUGAAUUUAAGUGAGAAUGAAGCACUUGUUCUGUGUACAAUUUUGAUUUCUGAUUCAAAUGGCACUCUAUUCCCUAUAUAGUGCACUGCUUUUUGACCAGAGCUCUAUAAGGUCCUGGUCAAAACAAGAGCACUGAAUAGGGUGCCAUUAGUGACGCAUCCAAAGUGUUGUGAUCUGUGCUGCUAGCACUCUGUGGGAUUUUAUGUAUAAAAAGCAAAAAUAAGGUGGUUGUAUGUUUAACUCAGUAGGUAUUAGAUGAGGAAAGUGUUAGCACAAACGUGUAUACGAUGACCUAUUGUGAGUUCGAUAUUACGCGCGUAGAUCUCUAAUCAUUCCAGGAAAUGAUGGUUCCAAGCCUUUACCCUUUGCUCUGCUCACUUUUUGGUUUUUAUUAUGUUUUCAUUUUUGACUCUCUUUGUUUUAUGAAUAAUUGUCAUGGAUACUUAAUCAUGUUACAAAAAAUAUUGAUUAGAUAGUAACUGGAAAAACGGAUCCAUUUUCAGACCACGACCAUUUUAGAAGGGAACCCCCCCCCCCCCCCCAACCACGCCUGGUAUUCCUGUUGAAAUAGUUUCUGUAUCAUGCUGUUCUCUAUGAAUGACCUUUGUUGUGCCUUUGCCUGCUGGUGGAUGGCCGUGUUGUUUCUCUGUGGACGAGGCGAGGGAGUGAUAAGUGGUGGUAUACUAGGUUUAAAGCAUAUCGUUGUUACUCUCUGCAGUUACUGGUGGUCCUCUCAGUGUUUCUGCGGUGUUGUGAGCUGUCGUUCAGCCUGUGUAGCUAACAGAAAUAACAUCCUAUGCCAGAAAGUGUCUGCCUUUAUAGAACAGGAGAGAUGUGGUUCUUUUUCAGGAUGGCACUACCCUCUUUUGACUAUGAACCCAUGUGCCUUAUCUCUACCUCCUAGUCCUGAUACAUCAGAGUCUCUGUACACUGUUCUGUAUAAAGGCUAUAUGCCCGACAUUAUAGCUCGCUUCCCCCCCGUCCCCAAUCCGUGUGCAUGCCUAACACACUGCCAUUUAUAUACAGAAGUACAGUAUGCAGGUUUGUUUCAGAUAAACACGAUUCAAGUGUAAAUGUAUGGAUAUAUCAACCAGGUGUAUACAUUAUUUGCAGUGACCAGUGUGCUUUUUUUUCUCUAAAUCUAUUUGUAAUGAAGUCUUGAAUGCUGUAAAACUUAUGACAAGUUGCAAUUGUAUUAUCGCAAUAAAAUUGGACACAUUAACAUUUCGUACAGUA